GAUUUUCAGUACAGACUAAUAAAGGAAGUGUGUGGUGUGGGUGGAGGGGCUGAUUCUCAGUUGCAGAAGUGAAACAGGUCAGUAGAAAUUUACACUUACAUACGCACUCACACUGUGCCAUUUGCUCUUAAGACUGACAAUAAUACGAGGCAAAGUGGGCUGAAAAGAGACAGAAAAGAAGAGGACAGUCAUUCUGAGCCAUGUUGGCUGAAGGUUUUCUCAGAGUGCUGCGUUACAGGGAGGAGAGAAAGUUUGCCUCUGCUUCCAAGCUGAAGAGAUCGCAGACACACACUCAUUGUGUGGAUCCAUCCAACUGUGUUCUCUCUGACUCAAACUCUACAGGCCUACAGACAGAUUCAGCUGAAUCAGGUCCAGACCAGGAAGAACUAGACACCAACAAAUUCCAGGGACUGAAAGUGGUGCCUCAAGGUCCCGUAGGCCUAUCAAUCCCUGGGUGUCCACAUCUCCUCACUCUGGACCCUGACUUUGCAGUUUGCUUAGACAAUUGCAGCCUCCUGGAACAGUAUCCAGACUUGCAGGUGGCUGACACAGGCCGCAUCUCAAACAACCCACUGAGAACCAUCCUCGCCCAGCCCGGUUUUGCCAGUGAUGCCUGCCAUCAACCAGAAUGGGCAGCCCAACAGGAGCCACUAGGCGUUUCAAUACCAGACCAGGGUUAUCUGGUUAUGGGGGACAGUGUAAAUAUCAGCUUGGAUCUACCCGGAUCAGGGUUGGAGCCCAUGUCUAACUCUGUGCUGAAUGGACUGCUGGACAAACAGUUGGAGGAAGUGUACAUGCAACAUCUAACUGAUAACUUGGCUCGGUGUAACUCCCACCUGGGAAACAGCCUCCUGCACGGCCUGGUGCCUCCGCCACAGCCCAGCAGCCAGCCACAGGGGCUCGAUUCACUGGUGGCCAGUCUGGGAGAAGGAUCAGGAGGGGACAGCGACAAGAAGAUUAGUUAUCUGAACACCCAGAACUUAGUUCCCUGCUCAUCCAACUUCAGCUCCCCAGUGCUGAGGAUUUCAGAGGCUGACAAUACAUUGAAUAUGAUGCUCAACUAGUAACAACUAUUUUGCUUCUGCACUAGUCACAUGCAACUGAGACAUGACAACAAGUGCAUUUCAGUUAAUGAAUGGAUGCUUUUAUUUUUGUUUACAUAUAUUUUUUAUACAAUGUCUGUUUUUACUUAAAAUAAAAUGAUCUGCUGUCAUGCGCCAUCUGCUGUUAGAUUUUAGUACUACACCAUCCUGAAUUUACCUGACAUACAUAAGAAUUUAUUUCAUUGACCUUAUUACUGUGUGUGUGUGUGUGUGUGUGUGUGUGUGUGUGUGUGUGUGUGUGUGUGUGUGUGUGUGUGUGUGUGUGUGUAUUUAUUAUACCGAAGCAAACUGUAAUCCUGUGUAAGCUUAUAUUGCACAUUGAAGUUACCUUGUAAAAAGAGACAUAACCUGUUGUAAAAGAAUCCAUCUGGUCUAAAGGAAGUAAAAUAAAUAAUCAUUAAAUGAGGAUUCCAGUCAACAAAUAA